AUGAAAGAAGCUAGAUUAAAGAUAAACACAGAAGGAAUACUAAAAGCAUGCAAAGAUAUUAAUACUGAGGGCGCAAAAUUGCUUCUCAAGAGAAACGCUCCAGAAGAGAGCUUGACCAUACUAAAGGAAAUAUUCGGCAACGGCAAUCUAGUAAUAGAAAGCAAAGAAGAUUAUGUAGGACAGGAAAGCGAUCUCUUGGAUGCAAUCAAGAAUCUUCUCUACAGAAAUUUUGCAUACAACGGAAAUGGUGCAAAUAUUGUAGAAUCUUUACGCUCUGUGCUGCUUAGAGAACAAAGAAACAUUAAAGAUGUUGAAUUUUACUCCACCGCUCUGCUCAAUGAACUCCUAAAGAAAAACACGUUCAUAUACAGCCCAGAGCAUGGAAUAAAUAGAGGGAACGAAGUCAUCAUAGGCGGUGGUGAUAAUAGCACUACAGUCUACAAACUAGAGAUCGAUGAAACAAAGUUCCUGAGCUUGAAAAAUCUUGCUGAGUCUAUCGAGAACGAUCUGAACAGAGAGUUUCUAUUUUACAUGUGUAACUUGGUAGCUACAAAGAAAAAUAGCAUGGGUGUUUUAAAAGAGCUGUUGCCAGAGGACAGCUACUACUCUCUUGAUGAUCUAUACAGCGAGAAAUAUGAGGGCUCUGAUGUAGCACUCGUAGACUACGGGCUGGAGCUUAUUCACAAAAAGUACGAUGAUGUCAGACAGUUAAUCAAGAUACAUGAAGAUAAAAACAAGCUUUUUUACCCAGAGCACACAUCGCUCACAGAAACUACUGAGCUUUUUACUAAAGAAGAGCUAAGAACAGUCGUUUCCAUCAUCCACAACAUAGAAAAAAUCAAAGAUGAAAAGAAAGUGCAAAAGGCGGUGAUCGAGGGAGUAGAAUACUUGAUGAAUAGCACUGACGUCUUGAAAGAAAAUGGCAAGAUGAAAAAGCUAGAGAUAGACGCUGACUUAAGCAAUUUUAUAGGAACAUAUGUAGCUGGAAACAAUGGCUUGGAGACUACAGUGAGAGGAAAAAUAGCUGACUUAGACCAAAAAAUACUUGAGAAAAAUCAAGCUUUAGACAAAGCGAAAGAAGAUCUCAGUAAAGCAAAGAAAGAAGGGGGAAGCUGGGAUGUGUUGUUUAAAUUUGAUUCUUCUAUCGAAUUUAUUAAAAACCAGAUAUAUUUAUUAGAAUGUAACAAGAAAAAAGAGGAAGCGCAAAUUGAAAACAUCUCUAAUCUGCAUCUCUUGGAUAAAAUGAGCUUAGUCCAGAAGAAAUACAUACACAAAGAGAUAGAAAAAGUAGAGGCACUGCGAACAGAGCCACAAGUAAUACCACAAAUAGCCAAUCCAACAGAAGUAACAUCAAGAAACACAGAAGAAACUCAAGAAACAUCAAGAAAUUCAGAAGAAACCCAAGCAAAUCUACAGGUAAGAAACACAGAAGAAACCCAAGAAACCCAAGAAACAACAAGAAACUCAGAAGAAACCCAAGCAAAUCUACAGGUAAGAAACACAGAAGAAACCCAAGAAACAACAAGAAACUCAGAAGAAACCCAAGCAAAUCUACAGGUAGGAAACGAGCCACAAGGAAAACCAGAGGAAAAAAAACUAACUCGAGCAAAAAGAAUUGCAAUAUUGGUGGCUUUUGUCGCUUUUCUUGCAGUAGUAACAUUAUUACUGCUCAAGGACCACUUAAGAGAUAUGCUGACAAGAUCCAGUAGCGUUAACUAG